AUGCCGCCUACAGAAGACAAGCGCAAAGCUGCGCGCGAAACGAUUGAUAUCCUCUACGAGAUUUCCUCCCUGCUCAACACCAAUUUGGAUCGUCAAUCCUUGUCUUACUGUGUCUCGCUUAUCGAAAAUGGCGUCAAUCCAGACGCUUUGGCUACUGUCAUCAAAGACCUCCGCGACCGUAACGGUGUUGCCACAGAACCUCGCGAGAAACCAUGA